GCCGCCGCCGCUCACCGCCGUGCCGCCGCCGCCGCCGACUUCCACUCCUCCCACCCCUCUCUCGAUCAUUUCGCUUCCAGUGAACAUACUCUUUUGCUUUGUCCACUCCACUCCCUCUACUCCUUCCCUCCCACACUCAUCCACAAUCCUUCUCUCGUCUCCUGUGCACAGCACCCAACCCAGCAACCUCUGCACCGCACGCACGCACGCAGACAACAAGCCAAAACAUUAACCGACGCAGUCACCACUGCACCACUCCACCCCAACAACAAAUAGCAGCAGCAGCGUCAUCGCCGCCGCCGCAGUAACCAACAACUAGAACCACAACCACACUUGGCCGCCAUCCACCGCCAUGUCUGUCAUUCUCUCGCCGCCUAGCCAGCUCGGCUUCCCUCGCCCGCUCACGGUCGUCGUGAAGCGCUCGCUCUUCAUCCACAACCCCCACUCGUCGCCCGUCGCGUUCAAGGUCAAGACGACGGCGCCAAAGCAGUACUGCGUCCGGCCCAACCAGGGCCGUGUUGAGCCGGGCGAGAAUGUCGAGGUGCAGAUCGUCCUCCAGCCCCUGCCGGCCGACCCUCCCCCCCACGCAAAGUGCAAGGACAAGUUCCUCGUUCAGUCGGCCUUUAUCUCGCCCGACGAGGAGAUGCACUCGCUCCCCGAGCUCUGGGCGACUGUCGAGAAGGGCAACAAGGCUGCCAUCAGCGAACAGAAGAUCCGCUGCAUCUACCUCGCCGCCGAGGAUGGCUCGCACCCCAACGGCAUCCCCGAGGAGAACGAGGACAACACCCUCGACCACAGCCGCCUUGACGAGUCGGCCAUCUACCAGGCUGCCCAGGAGACUGGUGCCCCUUCGCCCGUGUCCAAGUCGGCCAACGGAGCCCUCCCCUCGUCGCGCAACUCUUCCGGCUUCGCUGCCGGUGCCGGUGGCGCUGCUGCUGGCGCUUUCGCUGCCGGUGGUGCCGCCGCCUACGCUGCGACCCACGACCGGGCACCGGUCAACGGCGCCAACGGUGCCAACGGCACGUACACCAACGGCAGCCACGCCGCCGCGCCUGCCCCUGCCCCCGUCGCCGCGCCCGCCGCCGCUGUCAACCGCUCUGCGAUCCCCGCGACCGGCAACUUCAACCCGGCCAACCUCCCGUCGCUCUCUGCCGAUGACGUGCAGCGCGCGGGUGCGCCGACCAACGCCGCGCUCACGGCGUCGCUCAACGCGACGACGUCGGACGCUGAAAAGCUCAAGAUUGCCCUCGCCGAGAACGAGCGCCUCCGUGCCUCGGGCGGUGCUGGCGCUGGCGCCGACGGCCCCGCCGUCACUGGCCUCCGCAGACGCGGUGUGGCCAUCGACGGCAACGCGCCUGCGUCUACCAAGCUCGCUACGCAGGCUGCGCCUCCCGCUGCUGGCGUGCCUGUCGAGGUUGUCGCUGGCCUCAUCUUUGCCGUCUUUGUCCUUACAUACCUGUUCUUCUAAGCUAGGUUGGGUGACGACGACGGCGGUGGCGGCGACGGCGGUGGCGGCGACGGCGAUGGUGGCGGAUGGUGUCUAGUUUUGUUCCUCCUCUCUCUCCCUCUCUCUCUCUCUGGCUCGUAGUAGUACUGUUAUUGUGACAACUGUGUGCAUUAGUUGGAGAGUUAUGAUAUACGUGACGCGGGA